GCUCAACGAGGGGCUUCUAAUUCUGCUGGACGGGGGUCUCUGACGGACCACUGGAGGAGGAAUCCCUUUACAGCACGCGUUGCCUGGCCAAUGAGCAUAGACGACACCCAGACACAUGGGCCAGGCAUCCCCCAAAAUAACCUACGACCAGUGCACUGACAAAUGUUGCUACUUUUACUGGUGACGGGUUACCCUAGCUACUCGGCUCCAUAUUUCCCACGUAAACGCCAAGGUUAACUCUGUGCAAGGAAACCAGGAAGGCUGGGCAGCUGCCUUGUGCCCCAAGAUUUUCCCAGGUGGCAGCAACCGUGAAGACCGGAAUCCCCCUGUUUGAGCACAGGUGCACUCUGAGGAUUUACCCAUCGGUCACAGGGUGCCAGCUGAGUUUAUUCUGAAGCAUGCAAGAGAACAACGCUGACCAGCCGCCGUCACUGUCGCAGCUCUUAAGAGAGAGCUACCUGGCAGAGGCCAGAGCCCAGCAGCGGCACAGCGAGAUGAGCCGCUCGGAUGCUUCGUCCACACGUCUUCAUAUCUAUGGGUCACUCAAAGGCAAGGCAGAGGACUCUGGGGGCAACAAUGACCCCCAGCUGCCCGACCUCUCAGCCUUCCUCAGCCAGGAGGAGUUGGAUAAGAGUGUGAACCUGGCUUGCCAGGCCAUCGGACAUGAGCCUCAUGAGGAGAGGGCAGAGGUCAAGGCCUUUGUCACACCAUUAACUCCCUCCAACGCUUCCUCAGUCUCAGUAUCUUCCUCUACAACCCCUUCUGUUCCCUUAGUCAACCCCUCUCCUGCUCCUUCUGCUACCCCCUCCGCUGUGCCCUCCACCCAGCCGGCCCCUGAGUUCAAAGAACUGCCAGCGACACAAACCACAUUCACAUCAGACAGAAAGAUGCAUAAAGCCUCCGUGCGGCAGGACAACAUGAUCAGGAACAGCAGGGACUCUAGUGAAGGAAUCGGCGAUUUUAACAGGUCAGCAAGGAACGCCCCAUUCGGUGUGGAGACCCAGUCCAAGAAGGAGUUUCUCAACAAGGCGGCGGACUUCAUUGAGGAGCUCUCCUCUCUAUUCAAGGCCAACAGCUCCAAACGGGUACGACCAAGAGCGUGCAAAACUCACAGGAGUAGGGUCCAGAACAAGAGCCCGAACGAUGGGACGGUUUAUCCCCUCAGCUCUGACGACAGGGAGCGUGCUCUCAUGCCCGUGGAAGUGGAGGAGGAGAGACCCAGCGCUGCUGUUGGCCACCAACCAGACGUCCAGCCGGAGUCUGGGACUGGGCAUGUGGAGCACCAGGACUGCAGGAUUACUGAGGAGCAGCAGUACGACUGUGUGUCUCAGGAGGUGCAGGAGGAGGAGGAGGAGGAGGCUGAAAGCUGUGCCUUGGCAGAACCUCCCUACCCGGCAGAGCCUGUGUGUGAGCCUCCUCAUUUCAUCCAGAAACUGAAAAGCAGGGAGGUUCCAGAGGGAAGCAAGGUUCAAUUAGACUGCAUUGUAAGAGGACUCCCCAUGCCAGAAGUCCGGUGGUUUUGUGAGGGCAAGGAAUUGGAGAACAGCCCUGACAUUCAGAUCAUCACCAACGGAGAGUUGCACUCUCUGAUCAUCGCAGAGGCGUUCGAGGAGGAUACUGGUCGCUACUCCUGCUUCGCAUCUAACUUCUAUGGUACUGACUCCACAUCGGCUGAGAUCUACGUCGAAGGUGCUUCCUCUUCAGAUUCUGAGGGAGAGCAGCAGUUUGAACAUGUAGCCCAGAAAACCCAACAGUCAGCUGCACCUUUGCCUAAAUCGUCGGGCCAAACCGUCUCCGCAGGAGAGGAAGAGUGUCUGUCAUCUCAACCUGCAGCAGCCACAGAGGAAACAGCAGAGGAGGAACCAGCAGAGGAGCUCUCCUCCCCGUCGACUAAUCAACCUCUUCCACUGGUCCAGACAAUAACCACGGUACUUUCUGUCCCCGAGCUCUCCAAAGUAUUUGUGGCCACCACAGCACAACCUGCUCAGGAGGAGAAAACAGUGUUACCUGUCCAGGCGUUUCCUGCCUUGGCCCAAGGCGACACAGAACUUCUGGAAGAGCAGGAAGCGUCGGCAUCUGUCCCGGUCACAUCCACGACCCAGCAGGCGGCUACAGAGAUAGCCAGAUCCCUGCCCUUGACCCCAGUCGUUCCAUCUGUGCUUCCUGUCCAGGCCGCCACAACACAAACACAACAACCUGAGAGUCACACCUCCAGCCACAACUAUCUACAAGGAUUAAACGGGCAAACUAUGAUGGCUGCCCCUGUAUUCACAAAGAGCCUGCAGGAGCUCCUCGUCUCAAAAGGCCAGCUGGUGGUGCUAGAGUGCCGUGUGAAAGGCGCACCGUCGCCCCGAGUGGACUGGUACAGAGAAGGAAAAAUCAUAGAGGACUCCCCUGAUUUCAGGAUCCUACAGAAAAAACCAAGAUCUCCAGCUGAACCAGAGGAAAUAUGCACUUUGGUCAUUGCUGAGGUCUUUCCGGAAGAUUCAGGGGUGUUUACUUGUACAGCGAGCAACAAGUAUGGAACGGUGUCCAGCACUGCUGCGCUGAGGGUCAGAGGCAAUGGAGGAAACAUGAACCACGUGAGGCCUCUCAACAGUUUAACAGAGGAGCCCAGUCGAUUCCAAGAGCCUUCCACAUCUGCUACCAAUGUAAACCCUCAUCCAGAGGUUACUGUGACCAACAGCAUCAGGCCCCACUCCAGCACCAUCCGCCUGGACCCACUUGUCUCAAGCACCUUACGCCUGGAUCCCUUCAACACCAGCACCCUUCGCCUGGAUCCCAACAGCUCCAGUGUGUUGCGUCCAGACCCCCUUAGCACCAGCCUGCCCAGUCUGGAACCCUUCGCCCUGAGCAGUAGCAGCUUCGGCGGCUCCUACCUGAACUCACACAGCACUAGCACCCCAAACUUAGAUCCUCUCCACCUCUACCAGAACUCCCCUGGACCCAGUGGAGCACAUCCACAACCACAGGGCGGCGCACAGGUGAUCUCACACACAAGCUCUUUCAAUCCUCUACCUGCGGCCGAACAGGAAGUGUCCAGACCUAUGCUGCCAUCGCCUGACACGAGUCCUAAGGUCAAGGGAUCUCCGAACCAUCAGAAUGGAUGCCUGUUUGUCGUUCCACUCCCCGACCCUCCUCCCAACUCCUGCCUCAAGACGGGCACCCCGACAAACCACAAAGACUCACGCUCCAGCUCCAGAGUCGGCCUGCGUGUGCACUUCAGGCUGCCUGAGGACGAGGAGGAAGAGCAGAGUGACACAUCCACUCAGUGUGAUGAAGACUCCAUGCAAACUUCACUCAACAAAGAACCACCACCAGUGCUGGCUAAACCCAAACUGGACUCCGCCCAGCUCCAGCUACUGCACAACCAAGUCCUCAUGGAGCAACAGCAGGAGACAGAACCUCCGACCCAAACCCACGUCCCGCCUCCUUCCCACCCCCCUGUCCAGAUCCAGAUCCAGCCCGGGGCCCAGAGCUCCCAGGAGGGUCCGCUGUGGUCACCCAGAAUGCAGCGUGAACCCCAUCCGACACCUUUCCAGCCCCAACUCACCACCACAGCUCCCCCUCAGCCUUCACCCCACUCAGCACCUCCGCUGACCACCACCCCCAAAAACCCCCCACUGAGCUCUGCUCCAGCACUCAACGCCACCUUUUCAUCUCUUCUCAACACUUCUCCUGCUCCUCCUUUCAGCUCCCCUCCUUCUGUUCCUCAGCUAAAGACCUCCUCUCUGGUGACGUCGCCUCCACCUGCCCCGCAACUGAACACAGCUCCCCCCUUCAGUGCAGCCACCAUAACCCAGAUAAACACCAUCCACGCCUCCCACAUCAACCUGUCCCCUGCAGCUCUUUCCAGGGCUGCACCCACGUUCCAGUUCUCCACUCCUCCCCCACCGAAGCUCAGCACAGUCCCCACAAAUUCAACACUGGCCUCGGAGCAGAUCCUCUCUCCUGCUCCUCUGCUGAGAAGCACACACGCCUCUCUCAUGAACCUCAGCGCCACCUCCUACACGUUCAACUACACCCGGCCGAGAGAGUUCAUAGCUGCUCAGACCUUCUCACCCGUCAGGAGUCCUUCCCCAACCGAGUCCCCCGUUCCCCUCCUCCACGAGCUGGCCGCUGAGCUCAACUCCUCUGCAGCCAGCUCCCCUACUCUCCCACCAUUCCCCCCACCACACAGGAUCUUACCCACGAGGGUGCUAAAGUCUCCCACCAGCCCUCCUUCCCUCGUGUCCUCGCCCACACCUGGGUCAGCGCAGUUCCCAAACAGCGUGUUCGCCUUACGAGCCCAGUCGCCUCCUCAGGCCUCAUCUCCCACCUCCAGCAGCUCCACCCCAAGCCCAAUUCAAAACCCCGUGGCCUUCCUCAGCUCCGUCCUGCCGUCGCUGUCCCCGUGCCAGCCUACGAACUCAAUGGGCUUGCCCAAGGGAGCUCCUUUGGGGCUACAAAAGAAGGUUCCCAGGGUGCGACUCCCGUCAGCUGAAGACAUUCGCGGCAGCAAAGAAGUUCUCCUCCACGAAAUCGAGAAAAAGCUUACAUUUAAAGAUGAUGCUCCACAUUUUGCACAUCAACAGAAGCUGAGUAAUGUGGGGAAAACAGCGAGCAGACCUCUUGGACCAAACAUUCCUGCUACUGUCUUUAGCUAUGAUGAGGAGUACAAAGUGUCCAGUUUUGAACAGAGACUAAUGAGCGAGAUUGAAUUCCGCUUGGAGCGAACGCCAGUGGAGGAGUCGGAUGACGAGGUCCAGCAUGACGACGUCCCUACGGGAAGAUGCAUCGCGCCCAUAUUUGAGAAGAAGCUGAAGAACUUCAAGGCCGUGGAAGGCGUUCCCGUCACCUUCUCGUGUAAAGUUGUGGGAAUCCCUCUUCCAAAGGUUUACUGGUUCAAGGACGGCAAGCAGAUCUUGAGGAAGAACAUCCAUUACAAGAAAAUAAGAGAGGGGGACGGGACCUGUGCUUUACACAUCGAGUCCACAACCAGUGACGAUGAUGGCAACUACACCAUCAUGGCAGCUAAUCCACAGGGACGAAUAAGCUGCUCGGGUCACUUGAUAGUCCAAACAGGACCUCCCCGAAACCGACUGCCCCCUAUCCACUCUCAGAGGGUGCGAGCUCGCAUUCAGCAAGUUGAAGGUGAGCAGACGCAGGAGCGCUUUUUCCAGCCUCACUUCCUUCAGGCUCCAGGUGACAUGUUGGCUCACGAGGGAAGGCUAUGCAGACUAGACUGUAAGGUAGGUAGCAACUCCUGGAUUUGUAAUACAAUCGCUGAAAUAUUGCAUUUUGCCCUCACCUUGCUGUCAGCCUUCCGUGUCUCCCAGGUGAGUGGACUGCCCAUCCCAGAGCUGAUGUGGCUGGUCAACGGGACGCCAAUCUAUCCCGACCUUUACCACAAGUUGCUGGUGCGGGAGAAUGGCGUCCAUUCCCUGGUCAUUGACCCUCUGACGCAGAAUGACGGCGGCACAUACACCUGCAUCGCAAGCAACAAAGCAGGACAGAGCUCAUUUAGUCUCGAACUGAAAGUCGUGGAGAAAGAGACGAAGCAUCCGCCCCAGUUUGUGGAGAAGCUGCAGAAUAUGGGUAUUCCUGAGGGAGCUCCGGUCCGGCUGGAGUGUCGGGUGGUGGGUAUGCCCCCUCCAGUCAUCUUCUGGAAGAAAGACAACGACUCCAUUCCUAAAAAUAAGGACAGAAUCAGCGUGACCCAGGAUGCCACAGGAUAUGUUUGUCUCCUCAUCCAACCGACAACAAAAGACGACGCGGGCUGGUACACAGUGUCAGCGAAAAAUGAGGCUGGAAUUGUGUCUUGCACCUGCAGACUUGAUAUCUAUGCACAGUGGCAUCAGAGCGUCCCUGCGCCCAUGAAGAAAGCGCCUCGCACGGGCAGCCGCUACGCCGCCCUGACCGGCCAGGGGCUCGACAUUAGGUCUUCUUUCCCAACAUUGGACACCAGCCCCUUCCUGUUCUCCAGCUCCCCUCCCGAAGUCACGCUGGAGAGCGAGGAGCUGUGAGCCGUCUGAUCCCGGCAGGAUGUGUGACCUCCCUGCGGUCAAAACAAGUAGAAGACUUCAAGGAGAAUGAUCAUCUGAGCAGAUUGUCGUGUGAUUUGUGUGAUGCAUAUGAAGUGAUACGUUCAGAAUAGAAUGGAAAAGAAUUGUUGCGUCAAAGCUAUUGGCACUGAUCGUGGGUUUGUCACCAUUCCUAUUUACUAAAGUCACGUGCAGAAAAAAAUGGCAGAUUUGCAAAGUCUUAGCUCAUGAGCCGUCAGUGGAGUUGAAUAUUGUUCUCUGGCAGGUUUGAAUGAUUCACGUUUGUUUUCUACUUCAUAUUCAGCUACAGUGAUGUGGAUGUUGCUGAUAACAUCCCUUCUUAAUAGUUAGUCCUAUUUCUCAAAGUGAUAUUUAAACCACUCUUUUUUUUAUUGCAAUAUACAUAUACAGAGGCUCCUGAAAGUAUUAAGAUCCCUUUAGUUUUUUUGCACACUUUGAUUUGUAAAUUUCAUUCGAUUCAUUCAACCACUUUUGAAAAUCAAAAUGUAUUAAAAAAAACAUUCUCUAAUUUACAAAGUAUUCAGGCCACUUCAAUUCAGCACUGUGUACCACAGGAGCCUUACUGAUGGAGUGAUGCAGAGAGCUGCAAAGAUCAAGGGGUCUGAAUACUUUUUGCCACUUCCUGAAACGUAGGUGCUAGUUUCUUUAAAAGUUUAUAUGACGUAGCCAUAAGUUAUUGUUUAUUAAUAAUCAGAAAUUGUUUUGAGUAUAAUACUAGACAUUUGAAUGUGUCAAUAAUCCUUGCAGAAGCCAUUUAAGCUGAUCUAAAUGGCUUCCGCAAGGAGGGAUUCUUUCUAAAUUAUUUCUUCAUGUUCGUCACUGGUUCACAGUUUUGCACCAUGUGUUUCAGGUGCAUGCAUGCCCAUAGUUGAUGAGGAUGCAAUAUUGUAUAAAAAAAACAAAACACAGUCAUAAUAAUAGUGUGCUCUUAGGAAAAGUCUACUUCAUGGUUUGUAGUUGAAACACUGAAACACUUUAUUUACCUUCUUGGUGAUUGAAUCCGUCUUUGUAUUGACAGAUUUAUCUACUUAGUUGCAUCUACAUCUUGGGAUGUAUUGUCAGAGAAAUCAAUCUAAAGACUGAGUGAUAAGACACAAUUGGCUUUGCUCCAGCAAAUGACACCAACAGGUCAAAUGUAUCCUGCAGCUUAUAACUCAAAUGUUAUUAUUGAAAUUAAAAUACACAUUUGAACUAUGAUUUCAUAAAUUCAAGUCAGUUUGACAAAACAUACUGGUGACAAUUUUGAAAGCACACUCUCAACUAAUGUAAAGUUGCACAUUGUAAAAUAGUUUUGUCCUUCUCAGAAUAAAGUUAUAUUUAUUCAAA